GCUAACCCCAUGCCCUGAGCCCAUAGAUAUAGGAGCCUGAGCCCCUGACAAUACAUGUGGAGUGUGAACCAUUGCAGUUGUUAUGUUGCUUUUAACUUUGGAGACCUUGAGUUGCUGUAAACUUUUGGUGAAUGAAACGGUGUAAUAAUGGCGUGCAGUAAAUACGAGCUUGGGUAUGAAGACAAUCGCUUCGAGAUCGUUGUCAGUCAAAGAUUUCACUGCCCCAUUUGUUUCCUAGUUCUUAAAGAUCCCGUUAUGUGCAAGAACGAACACUACUAUUGUUCUUCAUGUAUGAAAAAGCAUUUGGAAAAGUCCUCGUCCUGUCCGACGUGUCUUGAACACCUCAGCGUCGACACACUAAAGCCAGCUUCGAGGAUUGUCAAGGAUUAUAUAUCUGAGCUGAAUAUUCAUUGUGAUUUCCACCCCAGAGGGUGCCUUGAAAUGGUUCAAGUUGAAAAUCUCAAACGUCACGUUGCGAGUUGUGGAUUCACUCCCGUGCAAUGUUCCAAUGAUGGAUGUAAUGUUCUCGUGAAUGUGAGAGACAAGCUUCACCAUGAAACUGAAGUAUGUGAUUUUAGGAAACUGAAAUGUCAUGACUGUGGUCAACUGAAGAACGAAGUGAAAGAAUUGAAAGACAAAAUGUUGGUUCGACAAGAUCAAAUAAAGAAUGAAAUGAAGAGCAUGAAAGAGGCAGUGAAAAGUGAAGUAAAGGGAGAAAUGGAUAAGAUGAAAAAAGAAAUGAAGAUUGGAAUAAAAAGAAUGAAAGUGGAAAUGAUGAAUGAGAUCAAAGGAAUGAUUGAAAAUGAAAUGAAAGGAAUGAAAAGAGAAAUGAAAGAUGAAAUAAAACAAGUGGCUGUGAAUGCAAUGGCAGGAAUGAAAGAGCUUCAAGUUGAGAUGAAUGGGACAUGUUCUUCAGAUGCAAGAGAAAAUAUCUUUGUAACUGGAGGGUGUCAUGUUGAGGGUCGGAGGGACGUGAGGAAUAAAUCCACAGAGUUUUUCAACUGGGCUGAUCAAACCUGGACAUUGCUGGCUUCUGCACCAUUUGAAGGUCGUUCUCACACUUGUUCAUUCCUGUAUCAAGGUCAAAUGGUAGUCGCUGGAGGUUCUGAUGGCAAAAGAACAAACACACUAAAAUGUUUGAAUGUUGCAGAUCCGGCAGCCACAUGGAAAGAUUUUGCUGUCAAUCUUCCUGUCAAGUGUGGUGCUCAUAAAGUUCUUAUUCAUGAUGAUCGGCUGUUCAUGUCUGGAGGAUGGGUUGAAUCUAGUGGUGGGGUACCAGAGUCCCAACGUUCUGAUGCAGUCUAUGAGGUGCAGUUGCUUCCACCAUAUUCCAGUAAGAUCCUGACAAGAUUUCCACAAGCAAGAUCUCAUCAUGGCAUGGAAAUGUUUGAUCAGAAAUUGUUUAUCCUUGGAGGGUAUGAUGGAAAUGUCAUGGCCAGUGUGGUGCAGUAUGAUCUCAUCACGAAUGAAUGUAAAGAAAUGUCUCCAUUGCCAUAUGCUGUGGACGAAAUGGCGACUGUUUUAUGGCGGAUUAACGUGCUUGUGAUCGGUGGCGAGGAUGAAGACAACAACGCUUUGAGUAAGGUAGUAAUGUACGAUGUCAUCACAGGACGUUCUCAAAUGUUGCCAUGCAUGAAGCAUAAGCGACGUGGUUGUACAGCUGUCUUAACUGGUAAUGUUGUAGUGGUUAUGGGAGGAAAGAAUGAGAACGCCGAAGAUCUCAAGUCAGUGGAAUGUUUUGAUUUAGAACGUCAAGUUUGGCAAGAUUUGCCUGACAUGUGUAAAGCAAGAGCUUUUGCCACUGCAGUGGCCAAACCAAACCAUUGAACUCAAGGAACAUCUAACAUACACACAUAAAAAUCUCACAACUUGUCAACAGGAUGUGUUUAUGACAAGCUUUUAACAAAUUGCAAUGAUGCUGUUAUUUAAUAUGCUACAAGCUUGUCACUCACAACUUGUUGACAAAUUGUUAAAUUGCAAAAUGAUAACAAGUUGUUUGGACAACUUGUAUCAAGUUUGUUGAGUUCAACAACAUUGUAACAAGUUGUCAACAAGCUGGAAACAAGCAGUACAAACACAUCCUGUUGACAAAGUUUGUUACAACUUGUGGGUUUUUAUGUGUGUAGUUGUUCUCCAUGACCUUUCCAUUAACCAUAUAACAGUCAUGCAAAUGGUUUUGUGGAUGGCUGAUAUAAGAAUCCACAUAUACCAUGAGAAUUUUGCAUUAUAAUAAUAUUUAACUAAUUAAUGUGAAUACCAUGCAGUUUUGGUACAUAUAGAUACAUCUAUACAUACAAAUUGACCUUGGACAUCCUUACGUUACUGUCACUGUCAGACAAUGAAUAUUUGACCCACAUUCCAUUGUGUAAGGGGCCAUCCUAAGGCCGGCUUCCCAUUUUCUAAAACUUAAAAUAGGUAGUUCUGAAAUUGAUUUUCGAGAUAAUGUGAAUUUCACACAUGAAGCAAAGUUUGUGUUGUCU